AGCUGACACGUCUGUGGAGAUGGAGAGAUUAGGCCAAACAUUUCCUGCAUAGCCGCCCCCGUAAAACUGGAAUAAAAGCAAACGAUUAUAAAGAAAAUGCCAGGAGAAGUCAAGUCUGCGGAUUGUAUGUAUCGACGCUUUUUCUAUCUUAUUAACGUCGUUGCUAUUUUUCCGCAGAAAAUGCUGCGAAUAGCAGCGACGCAGCGACCGUAGCUCCGCCCUCCAUCACACUGCUGCAGUUCCCCUGGAAGGCUUAGGAGUGUUUGGACUGCAUGUAAAAUAACCUGACGACAAACGAACCGCUCGUUUAAAAGCACACUUCUCGUGUUGGUACGAGUAACGUCGUCGCGGAUGGCUUCCGACAUGGAUUAAUUCCACCCUUUUCGCAACGCGCUGCUCGGCCUGCCUGCCGCACUAUGUUCCGCAGCUGGCUGCUCCCCACAGCCCGGUGCUGGGAUGCCGAUCGUGAGCGGUCGUAUCAGGACCUGUUUGAAAAGUUAGACGCGAAUAAAGAUGGAAAAGUGGAUGUCGCCGAACUACGGGCGGGCCUGAAGGCAAUGGGAGUGUUCCGUCAAGGUGCUGCACAGAAAAUUGUCAUGACCGGUGACCAGAAUAAGGACGGAAGUCUCGACUUCAAGGAGUUCACCAAAUACUUGAAAGACCACGAGAAGAAGCUGCUGCUGACGUUCAAGAGUCUGGACAAAAACAACGAUGGGCGCAUUGAUGCCACCGAGGUCCAGCAGACCCUAGCAGAACUGGGCAUGAACAUCAACAGAGUGGAUGCCCUGAAAAUCCUGCAGAGUAUGGACAUCGACGGCACCAUGAUGGUGGACUGGAACGAGUGGAGGGACUACUUCCUGUUUCACCCCGCUCACAACCUGCAGGAGAUCAUACGCUACUGGAAACACUCCUCGGUGCUGGAUAUAGGUGACAGCCUCGCCAUCCCUGAUGAGUUCACAGAAGAGGAGAAGAGCUCGGGCGGUUGGUGGAAGCAGCUGGUGGCGGGCGCCGUGGCGGGCUCCGUCUCCCGUACUGGUACCGCCCCUCUGGAUAGAAUGAAGGUUUUCAUGCAGGUUCACUCCACCAAGACCAACAAAAUAAGCCUGGCAGGAGGCCUCAAGCAUCUGGUCCUGGAGGGAGGUUUCACAUCACUCUGGAGAGGCAACGGCAUCAAUGUUUUAAAGAUCGCACCGGAGACGGCCAUCAAGUUCAUGGCAUAUGAGCAGUUUAAAAAGUUGCUGUCAUCAGAGGGGGAGAAAAUUGAGACACACAAAAGGUUUAUGUCAGGCUCGCUGGCUGGAGCAACGGCACAGACCGCUAUCUACCCCAUGGAGGUUUUAAAGACGAGGCUGACACUGAGGAAGACCGGUCAGUAUUCAGGAAUGUUCAACUGUGCCAAGACAAUCCUGAAGAAAGAGGGCGUCAUGGCCUUCUACAAGGGCUACAUUCCAAACUUACUCGGCAUCAUUCCCUACGCCGGGAUAGACCUCGCCGUUUACGAGACUCUUAAGAAUGCGUGGCUGUCGUACCACACCAAAGAAUCGGCCAAUCCAGGAGUUCUUGUGUUGCUGGGAUGCGGCACUAUUUCUAGUACCUGUGGACAGCUGGCCAGCUAUCCUCUUGCACUCGUGCGCACACGCAUGCAAGCAAGAGCUUCCAUGGAUGCCUCAGACCAGCCCUCCAUGACUUCGCUACUAAAGAACAUUGUAGCCAAAGAUGGCUUUUUUGGACUCUAUCGAGGGAUCCUGCCUAACUUUAUGAAAGUUAUCCCGGCUGUCAGCAUCAGCUAUGUUGUUUACGAGUACAUGAAGAUUGGAUUGGGAAUCAGCAAAUGACACUGCAAGAAUAUUCCACUGUAAUGUGUUGGAUCACCUGAGAGGACUGGCUCACAUGGCAUGACUUCCGCCAGCUGAUGCUGGACCUCUGUGGUCAGGAAGAUGUAUUGCACUCAGGGUGGUCUGUUAUUAGCGAAAAUAUGAAUUAUUUAUACUACCGGUAAGCAUGCUUUCUUUUUGUCUUCCUGCUGCUGAGAAAUGUACGCAUUGUGCAAAACAAUACUUGACUCAGUGAGACUGAACUGUAACUGAAUGCAAACAUAAAACUGUGAAAAUAUCAAUGCUGGUUGGUCUUCCAA